AUGGAUUUUACCUUCACGACUCUCCUGCUGCUGGGUUUGGUUGCGCCCCUCUGCGCGCAGUCCUUCCCCGGCGCGCACCUUGACGCACGGCCCGGCGACGGCAGGCGCACCGGGCGGGAGCAUCGGCAGCAGAGCGGCAGGCUCCAGCUCUACAUGAUGCAGCUGUACCGGGCCAUGAGGACCGAGGACCGGCUCAGGACUCCGGCAGCAGACGUGACACUCACCGAGGACAACCCUGAUCUCCAAGACUUCGACUCUGUGAUCAGCACCACGGCAAGGAGCUGCCACCAGACAGGAAAGCGGUGGUCCUUUGCCUUUGACAUGGCCUCCUUGUCUUCGACGGACACGGUUCAGCUGGCUGAACUUCACAUCCACUUGCCGGCCUUCACAGAGUCUUCCAGCGUCUCGGUGGACGUCUACCACUCCGACCGCUGCUCCGGUGCGGACUGUCCAGAGAACGGCUCGUUUGUCGGCCGCUUCAGAGCUCAUCCCAGGGCGAUGAGCUCCUCUUGGAAAGUGUUCAACGUUACCAAGAUGCUGCAAGGCUGGCUGCAGCGGGGCCGCUCCACCAAGAGGCUGGAGGACGCAGCUGAAGGGAAGGACGGCGUCCACCACCCCACCAAUGACAAGGUCAUGAUGCUGAUCUUCGUGAGGCAGAACCCAGCUGGACCGCCGGUUCCCACACUGAUCCACACGGCGGAGCUCUCUAAACACUCUGGUGCGUGGAGGGAACCGUCCAGGAUGAAGAGCCACAGACACAGGAGGCCUCACCCGGCACAGCAGCACAGACUGAGGUCUGUCAGAUCCGCGGUGGAGACCGACCGUCCUCUCUGCCGAAAGGAGGACAUGUGGGUGGACUUUCAGAAGCUUGGCUGGGGCCAGUGGAUCAUCUAUCCCAAACAGUUUAAUGCUUAUCUGUGUCGAGGGAACUGUCCAACGCCAGUGGAUGAGAAGUUCACUCCGACCAACCACGCAUACAUACAGAGCAUGCUGAAGCUUCACCACUCAGACAGGGUGCCGCCUCUGUCCUGCGUGCCCACGCGCCUGUCCCCGCUCUCCACCCUGUACUACGAGAAAGGGAAGAUCGUGAUGAAGCAUCAUGACAACAUGGUGGUGGAGGAGUGUGGCUGUCACUGA